GACGAGGAUGGACGGGGCCGCGGUGGUGGCGCCGCCGGCCGGCGCGAGGGUGGAGGGCCGGUGGUUGAGGGCGGGGUGGCGUGGGCGUGGGUGUCCACGGGAAGUACCGAGGGAGGCGGCGUCUGGACUCAUCUGAAUGGAGGAGCGGAGAGUCAAUUUGUCAACAUCAGGCCUUCAUUUAUCAUUAGCGGUGAUUCAACCGCCUCGGUCGGCCGCGCACCACUCACCUCGACUUAGGCGGCCUGGCAACCUGCGGAUUCUUGUGGAAACUGCUGGAAACCUCGCCGUUAUAGACUGGAAAGUUCUCCAAGCUGCGGCGUGAGUGCAGGUGGCGGCUGGAGGUGGUGAGGGAGGCAUGGGUGAUGAGUUUGGAGGGAAGGGACUCGGCCCCUCCCCCUCGCCUCUAGCCCGAGAGGGACUGCUGCGGAAUUCUCUGUUGACCUUCAUCGUUGUUGACAGAGGCUGGAGGUGGUGGGCAGGCCGUCAGUGUGCCUGUGACCCGCCGCCCACCACCACGGCAGUUAGUGUGUGUACUGGUGACGGAGGCGCGGCGUGUUGUGUGGGCGUGGAGCAGGGCCGCCGCGUUGCGGGCGUCGCGGGCUGGGUGGGCGGCAGUGCGUGGAAGGAAGCAGGAAGAGCAGCAGCAGUGUCGGCGGGCGCUCCAUCGCGCACACUCUUGGCCGCCAUUCACGCGCACGCCGCACUGACACGCACUGCGCUCACCUGGCUGCGUGCACGCCGCCGCCGGUGCCUCCCGAUAGCGGACCCGAGGCCUUCCCGGGGCAGGCAGGACCCUCCCGCCGAGUCUGGCCGCCUGGACCUGAGGAACACUCUAGCGUGAACCGUGGAAAAAUACACCGAGACUGACCUGCCAUAAAGUUAACUCCUAAGUCACGCCUUGCUUGUUAAAUAAUUAGACGAGGCGGAACGAGCAGUCUUGGCUCUCCGUCGUGGUCGUGCAGCGGAAAACUAUCGGUGAGCGAGUGGCACCGCGCAGCCGGCGAUCAGUGGUGGGUGUGAUCCAGCCAAAGUGAAGUGGAGUAGUGUGCACGUCGGCGUGGUGGAUCGAAGUGGACCAAGUGGAGGAGAGGCGGCCCCUCACGUGAACUGUUUUGGCGGGGCCAGCGGAACGGUGGAGCGCGGGGCAGAGGAACGGCAACAGGUGGUGGGCGCAGACGGCGAGGCUUCCACCGGCCCCGGGCUUGGUGCGGAGAAGGAUAAGGCGGACGCGGGAGGCGCGGCUGUGGAGGGAGGGGCCGCCGGGGGCCUCGGAACAAGCGAGUGGUGCCGAGACGCCGGGGAGUUGGAUGUGGUGGCGGCACACUUCCGGGGCAUGCUCAACCUCACCGACGAGGUGACCGACGACUGGGCCUUCCUCAAAGACUUCCUGGGCCUCAAGCCGCCCCACAUCCGGGACUCGGAGACGGGGGAGCUGACCACGCUCCGCCCGCACGCCCAGAGCACCCUCGCCGCGCCCACGGUCCAGGUGGUGCCGCAGCUCACGCCGCCCUCCCCCUCCCCCAGUGUGCGGCCUCCCCAGGGCCUGCUACCCUCGCCGCUGCCCGUCGCCUCCCCCGUGCCGCCCGCCAGCACGCCCCUGCCUUCCAUCUCCACACUAGUGCGCUACACACCCGCCUCGUCCCCGUGUGUCAGCAGCGUCGGCUCGGAGAGUCUGUCCGGCCCGGCGCCGCACCUCGCGCCGCCGCUCACGCCGGAGGACGGCCGCCGCAGUCUCGACACGCUCCCCGACCCGCACCAGUUUUCUGACAGCGACUCGUGCUGCGUCGUCCCGUCGGAGGGCAGCGCCUUCCGCUCCGUCGCUCCCUCCCCCGGCGACCUCCAGGACGUCAAGCCCUCGCCCUCCCUGCUGCGGGACCUGCUGGUGCUCGGCAAGCCGCCCAGGUCACAACAUGACCAGGUGAGAUGGCAGUCCUGUCCAGAGGCUGUGCAAGAAGAUCACCAGGGUCGGCUGGGCAGCCUGGUCCGGGGCGGGGAGAUGGAGCGGUGGCAGGAGGUGGUGCAGUACCUAGGGCUGCCCAACCCCCACCACACCCAGGCCCCGCACACGCCCAUGGCCGCCCACGGAACCUCGCCCACCCACUCCCACGGGCAUGGGCCACCUCUCCACCACCCCCAUGCCCUCUACCCGUCCCAUGAGACCUCGCCCCCCACCCCUGCUGCGCCUGUGCCCAGGGGUGUGCUCCUCAACAACGCCACCCUCCCACCGCCCAUGCCCGACCCCAUGACCCACAACAUCACCUACACCAACAGCAUGGGAGCCUCCAGCCACUUGGUGACCAGCAGCAUGAACCUGACCAACAGUUCAGAGCUGGCCGGCAGUGACCACAGUCAGUACAAGAUGGAGGCCACCACCACCCUGCCCUCUGAGAUGAUGUAUUACCAGAACAGCAGUCUUGAUGGCUUUGAGAUGAAUGACACCACCGACAGACUCAUUUCCGAUGCUCUCUCGGUGGAGAACACUACCACAGAAAUGAACCAAACCACUGAUGGGCUUCUAUCUUCCAUCCUCAACGAUGAAGCCUUGGGCAUGAUGGAGAUGGCACUGAAUGACUCUGGGUGUGCGCUACCUCAGCUGGGUUGUGAGGAAGGCGUCGACGUCUCCAGUGACUCCGCAGUGUCUUCCCUUAGUCCUGACGAGCCCUGGGGCUCGCUCGACCACACUACACAGCCCCCAGAUGGUGGUAGUCGGAACCAAAGUGGCGACUACAAUGCAGGGAGUUAUCGCUACGCCCCCGAGGACCCGCACCGCAUGCCUCCGAUACCCCUCAAGAAGCAGCAUAUGUUUGGACGAGGUGGAGCAACAGGGAGCCUAGGUGGUGGGAGCAGCAGUGGAGUUGGUAAUGUGGGUGGAUAUGGGAGCCACUACCCCCCGCCGCCCAGCAUACCAGCCAUGGAGGGAGCCACAGCCCUCGACCCGGCAGAGAUGAAGUAUUCCUGCACCAUGGACUUCCGUUCUCAAGAAGUGUCUGGAUCAGCUGUGGAGCAUGUCCAACACAACCACACCUACCACAUGUCCCCUGAGGGUCCAUCAGGCCUGUCACGACCAACUUCAAGAGACAAGCAAAAGAAUCGGAAAAAUGAGAGUGAGCGUACCUUAACACGUGAUGAGAAAAGAGCUCGGUCCAUGAACCUUCCUAUCACCUGUGAGGACAUCAUCAACUUGCCAAUGGACGAGUUCAAUGAGCGCAUCUCCAAAUAUGAUUUGACGGAAGCACAGCUCUCGCUCAUCAGAGACAUACGCCGCCGCGGCAAAAAUAAGGUUGCUGCCCAGAACUGCCGGAAGCGUAAGCUUGAUCAGAUUCUACAUUUGGCUGAUGAAGUGAAAGCUAUCCAAACCCGCAAAAAUGACCUCUACAACGAAUAUGAAUACCUGAACUCUGAGCGGAACCGCAUAAAGCACAAAUUUUCUUUGCUGUAUCGACACAUAUUCCAGAGUCUACGGGACCCUGAUGGAAACCCAUAUUCACCUCAUGAAUACUCACUGCAACAGUCAGCAGAUGGCAGCAUCCUUCUGGUACCUCGUUCCUCAGCAGGUCACUCAGUGGAUCCAAAUUCCAGUAAUAAGCCAAGAGGCAAGGAUGAGCCAAAGCAGUGAACUCCCUCUGCCUUGGUAGACGACAUACCAUAGUAGCAUUUUCCCCAUAACUCUGCACUUCUGUACCUCAGUAGAAUCUUGAGUCUUUAGUACCACUCCUAGACAAACAGAAUAAUUUGCCAAGGAUUAUUAAUUUGCUGUGCUUAUACAUGUACAUCAAUAUGGCAAAUAGAUUUUUAUAAAAUAUGUCAGGAGGUGAUUUUCAAUGUUUUGAUGUAUGCUGUGCAGAGGGUCUUCUGUCUUGUGAGUUAUAGCUGAUUAAAUAACCAAGUUUAAGUUUAUGCCUUCGAAGUGCAUUGCUAACAAACUUGUAUCAAACCUAUAACAAACUUGAUGGACUACUUAUUAGUUAUGUCCCCCCAGUUUACAAAGGCUGUGAUGACAACUCAUGAGUGAAGCACUUUAUGUAUAGACCACGUAUGAUAGUUUUGGAUGUUUUACAUCACUAUCUUCAUAUCCAGUUGGUACCAAUGUAUAAUUUAAUAUAAAAAUUCUGUUAUUCUUGAUACCUCCACAAGAAAUGAGUUACCCUCAGUUAUUUAAGUCAUGGCAGGGAAGCGCUCUGCCAGUUCUUGGAGUGGGAUUUGAAAUUUCAUGCCAGUCCCUAAUGAAUAGGAAGAAAAUGAUUCUAAGGAAUCAUCCCAAUUUAAUGAUCUCACUUAUUUUUUUACAAAAUUAUUUAAAUUUCUAACCUCUCAGUAAUGCUUAGGGCUGCUUUUCUUUUCAGUUAAGUAGUAAGGCUUUUCAUAGCUUGAAUUAUGACCAAUGUUCAGGCUAAUGUCUUGUAAGUCAUGUAAUUUUUCUCAGGUAAAAAAGACACUUUCCAAGUUACAUUCAUUAAAGUGAAUUUGACCUGUUUCACUACAUUCAACAGCCUAUUAAGAUACAAACCCCUUAAUCUGUUGUGUACAUGAUUUAUAAUCAUUCUGUAGAAUCAAAUACAGAGGUUCUGCACCCACCAUUUUGCUUGAAAAGCAGAUGAGGUAAAUAUAAAGUAAGUACAAGAAUAUUAUUUAAAGCAAAUAUUUUAUGAGGUUUAGGACAAUGCUUGUGUGUAUUUGGACUGACUAUGUGUUUGUAUGAAGUUCACUAUUCAAAACAAUAUUGUAUAAUUUUCUUAUGAUUAAGUUACAGACUUUAUAUUAUAAACUUUAUGGUAGCAUGCCUUUCUGCCUUCUGGAAAGGGGGAUGUACUGUACCGUUCCAUUACCAUAAAGCUUUUUUACUAUGUAUAUGUAUACAUGAGUAUGUACAUGUACCAAGAAGAGUGCAAAUACUAAUCUAAGAGAGGAUGCACUGUUCUGCAACUACAGGUCUAGGCUGCUUGGUUAUCUGGUGCCACCAUGUAACCGUAAUACCUCCUAACAGAUAACUGCCUGAAAACGUAGUCACUUACUGUAGCUUUUAUUGUCAGAUUUUUUUAUAUUUUUUAUUGAUCCCAUGUGGCCUUGCAGCAUCCUCUAGACAUAGAUGCAGGCAAUUUCUGUUAAUGAAAUUUCUUUUAAAAUUCAGUUACGUAUGUCAAUUAUAAAGAUGCCUUUUCUAAAGAUUGUACGUAAAUUAUCAUGUAUAUUUACAUGCUUAAAGGUGGAUUUUUAUAUACGCCUAAAUGUUUGGGAUGAAAUGCUCUAACUGACCCAAACGUAUUGAAUGAAUAGUUAUAUAUUCACAUAGUUAAUAUUAAUUUUCCAUUUGAUGAACAUGCAUAAGUUUUGCAGUUUGCAAAUGAGUUAGGGGAGACUCUCCCCACUUACUGAGCUAUCUGCAGUUAACAUACUGUGUGAUACUGUGAUAAAAACUCAUUCAUUCAGGUGAGCCCAAAUGGGUAGUCUAGUGUAUGUCUGUUGAAGCUCCUAGAACCAGAGAACAAAGACCUACCAGUUAUUUUAUUUGCAUAAUUUGUGUCAUAUCCAUUGCAAGUUAAACCAGAAAUCCAAACUCUAAAACUUGUUUUAAGUUCCAUUAUAUUUUAAACUAAUGAUUGAUUCUGCCUGACAGUUUCAUUAUAUUGGAAGAAAUUUUGCCACAAACACACAAAGCUUUCAUUCCAGUGCUAAUUAAGCAUACUUGGCAAAUGCUGUGUUGACAUAAUAGUGGUUCCCAAAUGUUCAUGGUAUUUUCUUUAUUUUAACUAUAAUUUAUUAACUUAAACAUGUGUAAUUGGAGUCACUGUCAUGGCUUUAAGCAAAGGCAAAUAUGUCAAAACUUAAAAAUAUCCCUUUUUGAAAGCCCAUUUACUAUGGCUGCUAUCACUAAGUAAUGCUUUGUGAUCCAAAGUCAGGAUUUAUUAGCUGCUAACAAUUCUUGUUUUUUUAUUAUGAAUGGGAUUUUGUCAUAGGAUGGGCAUACAUAUAUACAUGUUAGUCUAAGAGUGUUUGUACAUGUAUAUAUGCUAUGCUUACACACAUUCACCAAAGUGUAUAUACAGAUCCUGCUAUAUAUACACACAUGAAAAGUGUUUCAGUAUAGAUCAGGAUGCAUAUGUAUAUAUCCCCACCACAUUCAUUUGAUCUAUGCAUUUUCACUGUCUUAACUGACACACAUUUUAUCAUGUCCCAAGAAGCUAGGAAGGGUAUUAUUUUAUAUUAUUGGGAGACCAGCACAAACACACCACCUGUUAGUCCAUUAUGGUGACAAACUUGACAGUGCUCACACAUUUCCUCCUGGUUGAAUGUUGUGUACAUAGAUUUUAACUUUUUAAUACAUUUAUUACACAAAGAUGAAUGGUAUCUGAUGUUUACUGCCUGUCACUAUUCCCUAUACACUGUGGGCAUGGAACUGAAGAUGGAUGCUAUGGUGGGAAGAUUUUUGAGGAGUGAAUUGGUCAGUUUGGAACUUAGUUAUAUUACUUUCCUGGGGUAUCAAUGCAGUUUUGUGGGGGUGAUGACUUCAAACAAAACAAGCACUCUUUGUGCUUCACAAAGGUUUUCUAGUUAAUGAAAGUGUAGGGUGGUUCUUUUCUUUUUUCUUCUUUUUCCCAUGCCUUUUUGUUCUUCUUUUUCACAUGCCCGAGAAUAGGAAAGCACCAAAAUUCAUUAUCCAUGUAUUUACAGGAGAUUACUCUUUCAAAUAUUUUUAUAUCAGGUCAACAUAACAUGUAUUAUUGCACAGACUUAGCACAGGUUUCAGAUCUUAAGCAUUUGAUCAACCUCUAUCCAUUCCCCAAAUUAUCUUUGAUCUUCUAUUGGGCAGUAGACUGUCUCCAGUGAAAUGUAAGCCAGUGUUGUUAAUCCUUAAGAUUUGUCAAACAGACAGUAAUGGGUUCAGUGAAAGUUUUCAACUGUUGCUUAGUUUAUGAUUUUGUGAGGCCAGUGUUUGCCACUGGUAUGUUCAUUGUACACGCAAGGUUAACUGGUUAUUGGUGGAGUAUGUGGAUGCAGGAGUGAGGCACUAAUAAGGCAGAACCUAAGAAAAAUUACACUCAUAUAAGAAUUCCAAUAUACAUACUAAUAAAUCUUUAAGUUAAAUGACAUAAUGCCAAUUCUGUUAGUGGUUAAGGCUUUACAUUAACUAUUUGCCUCCUUGAUGUUGGAAACUAAGGACAAGAAAACUUGUGUUAUGAAUCCAACCAGGAUAAGGUAUGCUCAUUACUGUAACCCAAUACAUCAAAUUUCUUGAGCUGUAAAUAAGGUCCACUGCAUUUUAUUCUUCAUGUACUGUGUAUCAACUGUUAUUAGAGAGGGCCACUCCUUGAGACAGCCAUUCAGUGGGCCAGAAACUGAGCUGCUUCUGCCUUGGUCUCACCUCUUUCAAGAUGUAAAUAUUAUUUUCCACCUUGACCAUGGAUUAAAAAUGUUUUAUUUGUUGAAAUGUUUGAAUGAUAGCUGAAGGUGAAGACUAAAUAAGAAAACUGCAAGAGCUUGUAUUUUUAUGUAUGAUAUGGAAAGUGUUUUUAAUAAAACAUAAGUAGA